CUAAGUUAUUCUGUUGUCUGCAAUUUUGGUCAGUCAGCACAUGUGAAAAAUGUGGAGAGCAUCGCUACUCUGCAUACUCCUGAUCCAAUUCGUCCGAGUCAGUCUGCAGAGUACAGCAGCAGACGACCAUUAUGUGGCAGCCGUUGUUGAAUACCACAGUAUCUGGGAUAUAAAAAGUUCCCCUAGGGAAAAUGUGAUCGCCAAUGCGAACAAGUAUGCCGAGGUGAUGAAAAUGGCAGCACUGAAUAAGGUCGACAUAAUCGUGUUUCCAGAAAUCGGACUCAUGAACUAUGAUCGAAGUGUUUUUGUCGAGGUACCUGACCCAGAAAAGAAGGUGACACCGGCCGAAGACAGUACUCAAGAUCUUGUGCUGCAAAUAAUUUCAAAAGCCGCCAAAGAUAAUUCUAUGUAUGUAGUAGUUAAUCUUCAUGAAAUUCAUAAUGCAAGUGAAAUAACAAAAUACAACACAAAUGUCGUGUUAGAUCGCAGUGGCACCAUUAUAGCAAGAUAUCGGAAGUUUAACUUAUUUGGCGAGGCCUAUCUGAACAUAACGAAGGAGCCGGAGAUCGAAACGUUCACCACAGAUUUUGGAGUGAAAUUUGGCAUGUUCAUUUGUUUUGACAUUCUUUUUGCUUCACCUGCUUUCGACCUGGCACGAAUGAAGGACGUCCACGAUAUCGUCUUCCCAUCAGCUUGGUUCUCAGAGUUGCCUUUUCUGACCGCAAUACAGGCCCAGUCAAGUUGGUCUUUCGCCACUGACAUCAAUCUUUUGGCAGCAAACCACAAUGACGUGAUAUUGAAAGGCUCAGGUUCGGGGCUGUACAGAGGUCUGAGAAUGUCACCAACUACUAGUCAGACAAACUUGGAGGGAACGUUUGUCAUUAUCGGAAAAAUGCCUAAAAAGGGCUUUUCCUACUCUGAGGACUUUGGUACUUCUGACCAAAUUAAAGUCCUGGGUGAACCGACUGAGAUAAGCAUGACAUGGUUACUUAAAGAAAAUGCCAAUUUAUACAAAAGUGAACUAAUCAGUUCUGACGACAUCCUUGAAAGAGAAGAGAUAAUAUCGGAUGGACUAAAAGUUGGUGCCAAGCUAAAAAAAAAAUUUGUCGAGACAGUUUGCCAAGAAAAUUUAUGUUGUGAGUUCAACAUUACUUUCACUUCAAGUUAUUACUCAAAGUCACACAAGCCCAAAGAUAUUUUCAAUGCGUUAGACUCUUUUCACAAAUUUAGAUACAGGGUAGUGGUUUUGGAUGGAAGUAGAAAAUACGUCGGUGUUAAAAGGACUUCUGGUUUGGAUGUUUGUGGCAUAGUAUCUUGUGUGAAUUCUAAACAGUCUAGUUGUUUUGACAUUCCCAAAGAGAACGAUGACAAUCAGGGUGAGUCGCCUGAUGGUGAUCUUUAUUCUACCUCCUUUGAUAGCAUUAGCAUAUCUACGGUGUACAGUAAUACUGAAAUGCUGAUCAUGCCCAACAUCCUUCAUUCUACAAGCAAGAAAAAUACUUUCGGCACUGUCCCUAAACCGAAAGAGUUCCUGUUUAUGAAGACGGCCGAAAGCUCACUCGUUCGAGCCAACUUGUACUUCCAUUCACCGAAGCUCAUCACUGGAGGGCUUUAUACAAGGGUUUUCAGCCGUGACAGUCCAUACCCACUGAAUCAAAGUUCUGUUAAUAAUUUAAAUUUGAUUUUGUUUAUUUUAGUUGUCACAGUUUUCUUUAUGGUCAAGUAAUUGUUUUAAUCAAGAGAAACUAAAUAUAAUGUUGCUAUUAAUUUUUAAAUUGAGUGCUAUAAAUACUAGUACUCUGGCUAAUAUGCAAGCUCAUAAGGCCUUUAAAAAAAUUUGAAAAAUGUGAUAUUUUAUGUAAAUGUAAUACCUAAUAAAGUGUAACUGAAAUGAAAAUGUGAAUGCUUCCUGUAACAAUUUUCAUUCAUUCAUUCAAGCAGUUAAGUCUUUUAAGUCAGCCACUGUACAUUUGAAAAAAAUAAUUGAAAUAUUCUACUAAACAAUGGCAUAAAAAAUAAAUAGAAUGAGUAUAACAAGAAGAAUGAUUGAAAUAUGUUGUUCAAAUAUAAUAUUUUAAUGCUGUUUA